GCCGCCCCUGCUCCAGCCCGGGCCCAGCCCGCGGUGUCCCCUCGGGAGCCCGGCCGAUCCCCGCUGAUGGCCCCCAGCGCCGCGGCAGGGCUGAAAUGUGUGUAUGUUGAGCCAUCUAGGAGAGUUAAAGAAAUACUGGAGGAGCACUUUCAUUUUCAGAAAGAAGAAUGCAAUGUUAAACAUCCAGCUGCAGUGGCUGUGGAAGAAGUUUGGAAUGUGAAGAACAAUUUCUCCAUUAGAAGCCUGAAACCAGUGUCACAGAACAGAAGCGAUUUACUUUUACAGCCUCAAUUCUACUCAAGACAUGCAAGAAUGAAAAGCAGGAUCAGGCCUUGCAUCAUCAAUGAAACUGGCCAGGCUUUGAAUUUGGAAUGCUUAGCAGCAAAUCUUCAAGCAAUGGAAAUGAAAACAUGACUAGAUAGAUAAAGACUCCUCCAAAGUCACGUAUCAAUGCUGAAAGCUCCUGAAGGAAAAUAAGAACUGUCAUUGUAGUUGAUGCGAUCAAAUUUAUUGAGUGAAUCAGAAUUCCACAGAAGUCACUUGAGCUCUCCCACUCACUUUCACAAGUCCCAGAUUUCUCAUAUUAUUGGAAAAAUGUCUGAAUAAACAAAAUAAU